AGCUAGAUCUCAAUCUAUCAUUCAUUCUCUCUCUAACUCUCUUUGCGGUAAUCAAUUAGUUCGACCAUGGUGGUAUGGCUGCGAAGAAGAACCCAGGCGACAAACCCUAGAUCCGAUCUUCCGAGAUCCAUAGCAGCAGAUGAUUCCGAUUCGGAGUUGGAUACGGUUUGCGAAGAAUGCAGCUCCGGGAAACAACCGGCGAAGCUGCUACUCUGCGACAAAUGCGACAAAGGGUUCCAUCUCUUCUGUCUCAGACCAAUCCUCGUCUCCGUUCCCAAAGGCUCCUGGUUCUGCCCUUCCUGUUCUAAAACCCAGAUCCCCAAAUCUUUCCCUCUUGUUCAGACCAAACUCAUUGACUUCUUCCGGAUUAAGCGGUCUCCAGGCUCAACUUCUUCUCCAGAUAGCAGCAGCAUUGGGAAGAAACGGAAAAGGACGAGCUUGGUGAUGUCUAAGAAGAAGAGGAAGCUUCUUCCUUACAUCCCCACCGUUGAUCCUCAACGGAGGCUGGAGCAAAUGGCUUCUCUAGCCACCGCGUUGAGAGCCUCCGACACUGAGUUCAGGAACGAGCUCACUUAUGUAUCUGGCAAGGCUCCAAGAUCUGCCAACAAGGCUGUCCUUGAGAAAGGAGGCAUGCAGGUUUUAAGUAAACAAGACGCAGAGACCUUAGCCUUGUGCAAGAACAUGAUGGACCGUGGUGAAUGCCCGCCGCUUAUGGUCGUCUUCGAUCCUUAUGAAGGGUUCACAGUGGAGGCGGACAGGUGUAUAAAAGACUUAACCAUAAUCACAGAGUACGUUGGAGAUGUUGAUUAUCUGAGCAACAGAGAAGAUGACUAUGAUGGAGACAGCAUGAUGACGCUACUCCAUGCCUCUGAUCCUUCCCAGUGUCUUGUUAUUUGUCCUGACAGACGCAGUAACAUUGCUCGUUUCAUCAGCGGCAUCAACAAUCACACCCCAGAAGGGAGGAAAAAGCAGAACCUGAAAUGUGUGAGGUUCAACGUCAACGGAGAAGCUAGAGUUCUUCUGGUAGCUAAUAGAGACAUAUCUAAAGGGGAGCGGUUGUAUUAUGAUUACAACGGAUAUGAACAUUCAUAUCCAACUGAACAUUUUGUAUAACACUUAGAAAGUGAAUAUAUUUAUAAGAUUGUUCAACAAGAAAACCAAAACUGUCUCUACUGCUUUUUUUGACCUCCUCAUUUGUUCUAACUGGGC